GCCGCCUGACCACAACCACUACACUGCCUGUUGCCCGUGCACUUCCUUCCAACACUCUUCUGGCCUACUUGUCCUUCUUUUUCCUUCACUACAGCCUCAUCUUCGCAGGACUCUACUUAUCACACUGUGCACGUUUAGUCAUUCCUCCAUAAUCAAUUAUCACCAUGGCCGAAGUCUGCCCAGUCGUUGGAACGACCAAUACAGUCCUCCCUCCCCAACACCCCUCUUUCGACGCGGACCAGCCUGGUCUCGUCUGUCCAGUCACGAAGGCCACCACCGACCAUCACCACAACCUUCACAAACACCCUGGAAUCUUCGACAACUCGUCUGAUCUUUCCAAUGCUGGGGCCUGCCCUGCCCUUUCCAAGAUUGUCAGCCGUCCUGAGCAGCAGAAGAUGGACGAAGCCAUCUGUCCAGUCGUUGGCACUGUCUCGAGCGUCCUCCCUCCAGAUCACCCUUCCACCGCAGACGCAAAGGAUGGCGAUGUCUGCCCUGUGACGAAUGCUACACUGGGUCACCACAAGGGCAAAGUGCACAUACACCCAAGCGUCGAGAACGCGCCCAAGGGCGCAAUUUGCCCAGUGGUCGGACACGCAUGAACAAGGAACGGGAUUUACCUUGGAUACUGAGAAGGAUACACGGCGUGGCAGGUUGAAGAUGGCUACCUUUUCACAUGAUGCUGAGGCGUUGGGAAUGGGUAUAUCUUGACGAGAUACCAAGGAUGCGUCACUUAAUUAGCGAGAAACACAUGAAGUUGAAUCUCAAUGACUUUCCCUUGAGAAUACUGACACGACGCACAACGCAUAACAUGCUGUUUUGAUAUUCUCUUCUUCUCUCACUACGAACUCAAUUUCAUAUCUUCUGACAGUGGGACUAUACGUUGCACCACGAACUUCGCAUAGAGAGUGCAUAGUAUGAUCAUAUACAUGAACAGCCACCCUGACCCAAGUCCCGGUCGACAGGGUAUUUGCAACCCAACAACGACAUUCAGGGAUGAACAUAUCAGUCUU